AUGGAGGAGGUGGGCAGGGGAGGCAGUACAGCCCUCAGGAGCCCCCUGUCUGGCUGUGGCACCCACCUGGCCACCCCCGGCUGGGCCCCGGUGACAGCCCUGUCAUGCAGGCGGUCGGGCCGCGUGCAGCACUGCCUGAUCCGCUCCACCGUGGAGAACGGGGCCGUGAAGUACUACCUGACCGACAACCUCAGGUUCGGCAGCAUCUACGACCUCAUCCAGCACUACCGAGAGUCACACCUGCGCUGCGCCGAGUUCGAGCUGCGGCUCACCGACCCGGUGCCCAACCCCAACCCGCACGAGUCCAAGCCGUGGUACUAUGAUGGGCUGAGCCGUGGAGAGGCAGAGGACAUGCUGAUGAGGAUCCCUCGAGAUGGAGCCUUUCUCAUCCGGAAGCGGGAAAAGAAGCAGGAAGGGAUGGAGGACUCCUACGCCAUCACCUUCAGGAGUUCUGAACUUGUUGAUCUGCAGGCCGGAUCAAGUGGCGCCCAACGUGGGGCUCCUGGCAUGGAGAAGUUAACGAGGGAGCCGUUCGAGAGACAGCCAGCUUAAACUGAAAGUGAAAGCAAAUUGAACCAGAGACCUCGGCCGAGGAAUGAGUAAACUGAAUCAAGGAUUAAAGCUUAAAGCAACAGGACAUUAAAUCAAGUGCCGAGACCUCCGCAGAUGACUAUCCGACGUCCUGCCCGAGUCACGGUGAGUGAACGGCAACCCCAUUUCCCUUCCCAGACAUGGGUCAAGUAUUGAGCGAACACGAAGUGUUCAUCGGAGGCCUUAUAAAGGCAUGAAAGACAAGAGAGAUAAGGGUUGGAACAAAAAUUAUUACAGUAUUUUCAAUUUAUUCAUAAGGUUUGCCCUUGGUUCCCCCUAGAGGGUUCUAUAGAUACCAAGAGGUGGAAUAGAGUAAGAGAUGCUUUAAAAGAUUAUUAUAGAGUUUUUGGUCCAAAAAAGGUUCCUGUGACCACCUUUACAUAUUGGAAUUUAAUUUCUGAGCUGCUUGCCCAGAGGCAUGCAGACCCUCAGGUUGAGGAGACAGUUACACUAGGUGAGGCUGCCCUGCGCGACUCCAUUAAAUCUACCUCAAAACCAUCCUCAGAAAAAUCUGAAGCCUCUAAUUUCUCAGAUGCAGAGAAUGAUGGCCUGUUAGAGGUCCUCAUACAUGGUGAUCUGCCAGCACUUCCACCUGUUGACAUGAUCAGCAGGUCCCAGGAUGGCAGCCCGCCACUCCCUGUGCCUCCAUGGCAAAUUGGGGAUUCAUAUAAGCCUUUAGAAACAACCUUAACUCUGAAAAGCUUGCAGCCGCACAGCAGCUGGUGCAGGACCAGUUAGAUGCAGGCCACAUUGUUCCUAGUAAUUCCCCUUGGAACACACCUAUCUUUGUUAUCCAGAAAAGGUCAGGGAAGUGGAGGCUGCUACAAGACCUUAGGGCGAUAAAUAAGACAAUGGUCUUAAUGGGGCCCCUACAGCCUGGCCUCCCCUCACCCAGUGCCAUUCCUUUAGGAUUUUUUAAAAUUGUCAUAGAUCUUAAAGAUUGCUUUUUCUCUAUUCCUUUACAUCCAAAGGACCAAAAGCGUUUUGCCUUCAGUCUCCCAUCAAUUAAUUUUAAAGCCCCUAUGCAGAGAUUUCAAUGGAGAGUUUUGCCACAAGGUAUGGCCAACUCCCCCACACUAUGCCAGUCUUUUGUAGCCACUGCAAUACAGUCAGUCAGAGAUCAUUGGCCACAUAUCUAUAUUAUUCAUUACAUGGACGAUAUCCUCUUGGCAGGAGAUGAUCAAAACCAAACCCUAAGGUGCUACCAGGACUUACAGGUUGCCUUACAAGAGGCUGGACUUCAAAUAGCCCCUGAUAAAGUACAGCUUACUGAUCCAUAUACAUACUUGGGUUUUCAAUUAUGUGGCACUCAAAUACUCUCUUUAAGGCCCCAACUGAGGCUUGAUGGCCUCAGAACACUUCAUGACUUCCAAAAACUAUUGGGAGAUAUUAAUUGGCUCAUACCAUUUUUAAAACUAACUAAACAUGAUUUACAGCCCCUUUAUGCGCUGCUUCAGGGAGACAUAGAUCCAACUUCCCCCCGAGAGCUUACACCUGAUGCCAGGAGAGCGCUCAGUAAAGUAGAAGAGGCUAUUGCUCAACAAACUGUUUCCUUUAUGGACUACAAUGAGCCUUUACAGUUUCUCAUUUUUAAUACAAAGCUUUGCCCUACAGCAGUGAUCUGGCAACAAGCUCCCCUCAUGUGGGUCCAUUUACCAGUCUCUCCAAAAAGAACACUUUUGCCUUAUUUCCAAGCUGUGUCAGACCUAAUAAUCCAGGGUAGAAAGCAAAAAAAAUGUUACUUUGGCAAAGAACCAGACAUUAUCAUUCAACCUUUUACAAAAGACCAAAUAGAUUGGCUACUUCAGAGUACGGAAGUAUGGCCUAUUGCCUUAGCUUCCUAUUCAGGGACUAUUGACAAUCAUUACCCUCCAAAUAAGCUAGUUGACUUUGCCAAUCGUCACUCAUUUAUAUUCCCUAAAGUCACAGCUUCACAACCCCUUCCGGGUGCCCUGGUUUUAUUCACUGAUGGCUCAUCCUCCGGAAGGGCUGCUUAUGUAUCUCAAGACAAUGUUUCUACCCUCCAGGCAGAUACUUCCUCUGCACAAUUAGCAGAGUUAGAAGUUAUUCUUGCAGCCUUUGCUGCUUACUCUAACCAACCAUUUAAUUUGUAUACUGACAGUGCUUACCUUGCUCAGUCUGUUCCAUUAUUAGAGACUGUUGCUACCAUAUGUCAUGCUUCCCCAGCUGCAAAUCUGUUCAAACAAUUACAAUGCUUCAUACGGCUUCGCCAUCAUAAGUUCUUUAUCGGUCAUCUGCGAGCUCAUUCCAACCUCCCAGGGCCUCUUGCCCAAGGAAAUCAUUUGGCUGAUGUUGCUGUACGAGCACAGGUUUUUAUGGCUCAGGACUCCAAGGUGUCUGAGGCCCAACAAGCCCAUCAGCUACACCACCUCAAUGCUCACACCCUCCACCUUCUCUACAAAAUUACCCAUGAGCAAGCCAGACAAAUUGUAAAAAAUUGCCCAUCUUGUGCUAUCCACUUACCUGUUCAACACCUAGGAGUCAACCCUAGAGGUUUAAUUCCUAAUGCCUUAUGGCAAGUGGAUGUUACCCAUUUCAAUGAGUUUGGCAAUCUAAAAUAUGUACAUGUCAUUAUUGACACUUAUAGUGGCUUCAUUUUUGCCACUCUCUAGACUGGAGAAGCUGCUAAACACAUUAUAGCCCAUAUGCUGUCAGCCUUCUCAGUUCUGGGAUGUCCUCAACAGCUCAAGACCGAUAAUGGCCCUGGCUAUACCAGUACCUCCUUUGCUCAAUUUUGCAAGAGCCUUAAUAUCCUCCACACCACAGGUAUACCUUAUAAUCCUCAGGGACAAGGCAUUGUUGAACGUGCGCAUCGUUCUCUUAAAUUCACUAUAGAUAAAAUAAAAAGGGAGACAUGGUACCCCACCCAGGGGUCCCCUAGAAAUAUCCUUUCACAUGCUCUUUUUAUUUUAAAUUUUCUGACCCUGGAUGCUUCAGGCUGCUCCGCAGCAUCUCGGUUUUGGCAUACUCAGACUCAAACACGGUUUGCAUCUGUUUUAUGGAGAGACCCACUAACCAAUGUGUGGAAUGGCCCUGAUCCAGUCCUUAUCUGGGGACGAGGUUCAGUGUGUGUUUACUCUCAACAAGAUAGAGAAGCUAGAUGGCUACCUGAAUGCCUCGUAAAGCAAGUAGACAGUUCUUCAAAGACCCCAUAUAAUGCCCAGGAAUAAUGUUAUUUCCUGAGGCACAAUCCCCUGUGUUCUCUUACAGGUGACACAUCUUCAUGGAGCCUUAUGCUGCUUAACCAGCCUUCUUGAGCCACACCACACCCAUGGUGAAUUUCGACCCCUGCCAAACAGACUACAAUUACUGACAGCCAUGCACAGAACCCCAUGACUGCGGAAGAGGCUCUUCUCGGUCUGGAGGAACAUACACCAGCCAAAUAGACUGCAUCCAGUGUUAUGCAAGGCAUGCUCCAA